UCAGUAGUUUGCAUCGCCAAAAGCGACUCACUUGAGUUAUUGUUAACUUCAAAGUCAAGAGAAACAUCACUUUUCAUGCACUACCGUGCAAGUCCUGCACGAGACUAAUCUUACAUUUAUCCGUCAACUCGGGCUUGCAAAAAAUAACAGAAACGCCUAGCGCCAUGGAAAGGAAAAGGCCAGCCUACCAAAUAAUUGAUGGAGUUCCGAGGUGUAUUUUUCUGAACCCGGGUUUGCUGAGAGAAGGACUCAAGUUCAAAGCGAAGGCAGGAGAUGUCGUACAGUCAACUUUUCCAAAAAGUGGGACGAAUUGGCUGAUGUACAUAACGCAGCUCAUUCUCAGGAAUGGACAGCCCAUCACAACGUAUGAGGAGUUCGUCAAAGGAUGGUGUUCAGUCGAAUACAUGGACGCCACUGACUUCACUUCACCUCUACCUCUGAGGACAUUCGCUACACACUUGCCGUUGGACAAGCGUACCAUGACUCCAGAAGGCAAGUAUGUCUACAUCGCACGAAAUCCGUGGGACGUCUGCGUCUCUUUCUAUCAUAUGGUAACCAACAUGAGCAUUUAUGAAUUUCAAGACGGAACAUUCGAAGAUUUUGUCGACACUUUUGUGAGCGGCAAUUUCGGCUACGGAGACUACUUUGAACACGUAGCAGCGAGUUACGCUCUGAAGGAAGAACCAAAUGUGUUCUUCAUUACGUACGAAGAACUCAAAAAUCACACCCGUGAGGUGGCGUUGAGGCUGGCGUAUUUCUUGGGAGAGCAGUACGGCUGUGCUCUGGAGCAGAACGAAACGUUAUUCCAAAAACUACUGGAGAGAUCACAGCCCGAAUACCUGCGCAGCGUACUGGUUAUUGAUAUGACUGGCAGAAGCAACCCUCAAUGGGACGCGGUGCUUUCAAAUAAGAACGUUACCUGCAGGGAAGGCCACGAAGGCGACGAGAGCAAGUACUGUUACGUGAGAGUUGGAAAAGUCGGAACUUGGAAGAAUUACUUCACCUCCGAACUGCUCCGCAAGAUGGAGAAUCGUAUUCUGGAAGUUGAACAACACUCUUCCGUCAUGAACCUUUGGAAGGACAUCAGGGCCGAAACUAUCGAAGUUCUGAAGGAUUUUGAUUAAAGACGGCUAGUAUGGCAACAUU